AUGGACACUUCUGUUUCUGCUACGACGACAACUACACUCGUCGCUCCUGCCGCUGGCUCUGGUACCGGUACUGCUGUUAACGAACCUACUAGAAAUAAUACCAAUAAUAGUGAAGCUUCCCCAAUCCCUUCUGGCACUGCCAAUGCCAAUGCCAAUGCUGAUGCCGAUGACAAUGCCACUGACCCUGCUAAUACCACCAGCACGUCUGCUCCUACCACAGCUGCUACAAGAACUAACAUACAUCCCUCUUUGGAGGGAACUAGAUCUCGUCACCGUACAACAACAACCAACAGUGCCAUAAUUCAUGCAGAAUUGAACUCGGAAAAUUUAAAUAGAUUCAAUAAUAUCAUUAGAGCUCUACCCUUAAGAACAAGAUUGACCAUUUCAUCAUUAUGUCUAUUAGAUAACAUAUCCACUCAAUUAUUAAGAUUAUUAAUCUUUAAUGCUGGUUCGCCACAAAUAUUGGCUCUAUUAACUGAUAAAUCCACUUACUUAAACUCAGGUGAAACUGACAUCUUCCAAACUUUAUUAAAAUUGUUUAAACAAGUUAGAAACAUUUAUAAUUCAAGAGAUCCACUAUUAACUGUCCAUGAUGUAGCACCAGGUUUAUGGUUCCCCAAUUCUCCUCCACCUUCCCUCUUGAGAGGUCACGAACCAUACAUCAUCACUGCAAUCCGUAAGACAAACUUACUAACAUUCCUACUAACAGCAGUAGGUUGUUUCAAUUACGGGUUCGAAUUAUUACAAUCAUCAUUCCUAGACAUCUUCUGUCCAAAUACACUAUAUACACAUGGAUCUGGUGAAAAUAAUGGGAAAUUCUUAAAAUCUCAAUCAAUCUUAUAUCUAGAUUUGAAAACUCAAGCUUUCAUCUCCGCAUUAAAGGAAUUUGAAAACAAUUCAAACGAUAUACCAAAGGAUAAACAAACUGAAUUAUUAGAUACCAUAUUUCCAUCAGAUUUAGAUACUCAAUUAAUACAUAGAAGAACUGGUAACAUGAUCACUGACUCACAACCAUUAAAUGAACUACUAACACCUUCUGAAAAGGAUUUCGUAGAAAGAUGUGAUCGUCGUAAGGAAAAUUUGAUGAAUUUCACCACAUUCAAUGAUUUAGUGAUAAAUUAUGAUUGGAACCAUUUCAUUAGAGAAUUAUUAGAAUAUUGUAAUAAAAAUAUGGGACUAAUCAUUUGGGGGAAGAAAGGUCGUGGUAAAUCACCAUUGUAUUGUUUCGAUAAUACUGAAUUCGAUAAUCAAAUACUAUAUGCCUCAGGUGCAACCACGGAAGGUAUGACCUCACAUAAUACCACUGCCGCUGCUGCUGCUGCUGCUGUCGGUGUCGGUUCACAGAGUUAUCCACUUGUGGAUUCGUUCAAUUUACCGGAAAUGGAAGAGGACAAUGCGACUGCUGGUGGUGCUGGGAACACAACGGGAACACAAGGUUACUUACAUCAUGAAGAUUCUAUGGGUCCUUAUUCUCAACCUUUCGAUGGUACGAAUGUUCAAAUGGAUAAUGAUACGAACGUUAAUAAUAAUACUGUUGAUGCUGCAGUGGCAAAUUCAAAUAUCCCCGCUGCUUCCAUCAAGAAAUUGAAACCAAAGAGAGUUUGGUCCAAAGAUGAAGAAGAUGCUUUGAUUGAAGGUAUAAAAGAAGUAGGUCCAUCAUGGUCAAAGAUUUUGGAUCUUUAUGGGCCAGGUGGGAAAGUUUCAGAAAGUUUGAAAAAUAGGACUCAGGUUCAAUUGAAAGAUAAGGCAAGAAACUGGAAAUUACAUUAUUUGAAAAAUAAUAAACCAUUGCCGGAUUAUUUACAAAAAGUUACAGGGAAUAUAGAAAAAGCUUAUAAAUCUAAAAAGAAACAAAAACAACAAUUACAAGAAUCUAACGUUCCAUCAGGUGUUUCUUCACAAUCUAAUACACCGGUGCCUGACAAUAAUAAUAAUAAUAAUAAUAAUAAUAAUAAUAAUAAUAAUAAUAAUAAUAAUACAAACAAUGUUGACGAUGCUGGUGGAUUGUUUGGUAAUAAUGAUGAUACGUCAGGUUUCGAUCCAAAUUUGGAAGCCAAUAUGUAA